AUGGAUCCAAAAUCAACUGCUUUUCACAUUUAUAAGUAAACCCUGAUUAAAAAAAACAACUAACCUAUUUCACAUGUGUAUAGUUACGAAUAAAAGGAUAAAAUUGGAUAAGGAGCCUAUGGGAGUGUUUAUAGAGCAGUUCAUAAAGUAAGUAAGCAAGUGAGAGCAGUUAAAGUGAUUAACAAAUUGAAUAUUAAAUACAAAGAUAGAUUAUUGAGUGAAAUCACAAUUAUGGAGUUGUUGGAUCAUCCUAGCAUUUUAAGAUUGUUUGAAACCUUUGAGGAUGCAGAGUAUUUGUAUAUGGUUUUGGAAAUCUGUUAAGGAGGGGAUGUAUUUGAUAAAGUACUUGAAAAGGGUUGUCUCUCAGUGGAAGAUGCAUUUAAAGUGUAUAUAUAAUACAUGAGAGCGGUCAAUUAUUACCAAGGGUUCAAAAUAGUGCAUAGAGAUUUGAAGCCUGAAAACUUUUUGUUCCAGAAGAAGAAUGACAUGAAUUCAUUAAUAGUUAUUGAUUUUGGAAUUGCGAAAAGAGGGAUGGACAAAUUACAAACUAAAAGUGGAACAGCUUAUUAUGUUGCCCCUGAAGUACUGGAUGGAUUAUAUGAUCAUAAAUGUGAUGUCUGGUCUGCAGGAGUUGUCCUAUAUGUCAUUUUAUGUGGCUAUCCUCCAUUUUACGGAGAGAAUGAAAAGGAAAUCUUAAUAGAAAUCAAAUCUGGAACAUUGCAAUUCGAAGGCGAUGAAUGGUUAGGAAUCUCGUAAGAAAUUAAGGAUUUUAUAAAACAACAAGUCUGUCCAGCACCUAAUAGAGCUAUACCCAAAGAUUUGUUAAGUCAUAAAAUAAUAACCCAAUACAAUUAAAAGUUCCUGAAUGAUUUUAAAUUGAUUUCAAUGUUAAAUCUCAAUUAAUGGGUUAAAUAUCAUCCAUUAAGAAGAUUGGCACUUUACUAUCUAUCAACAUAGAUUGAUUCAUGUGAUUUAGUCAAUUAAAAGAAUAAUUUCUUCUUCAUCAAUUAAUCGUAAACUGGAUUGAUAACAUAAUAGGAAUUGGCGACUUAUUUGAAAGUUAAUAAGUAGGAUAUUCAAAAAUUAUGGCCAUAUAUAGAUUGUAAUAGCAAUGGUUAUUUGGAUUAUUUUGAAUUUGUAGCAUUGACUUUGACACCUUAGGAUUAUCAAAAACAAUUACAAUUCAUGUUUGAUUUUCUAAGUUAAUCUGAGAAAGUAAUAACGCAAAAAAGUAUUAAAUCUAUUUUUGAUUAAAACUCUAAUUUAAAUAAUAAGUGGGAUAGUAUUUCAAAUACGAAAAACCAGUAUGCUUAAGUCAAUUAACAUGAAUAAUAAAUAAAUGUUAAAAACAUUAUUGAUAAAGAUAUCGAUUUUAAUGCAUUCAAAGCAAUAAUGGGAUGA